CCGGCCCCACGAGGAGGUUAAUGCGGGACUCUCCUCCUCCCCGAUCUGCGCAUGCCCAGAGCCCCCACGGCACAAACCCUUCUCCGGCCCCGGGAGAGGCUCCAACGGCCCCGCGCGAGCCAGGCAGAUCCGGAGCGACCAACGGUCCUUUGCAGUGCGCCUCCGCCGCCGACGUCACUUCCGCUCCGGGGAGAGUCAGGAACUACAUCUCCCAGCUUGCCCCGGGGGUACUUCCGCCCUCUCCAGCCCAGGGGAGUGCGGGGUCACCCUGAUCCCCUUUCCCCUCCCCCAGCCUGCGCCUCUCACAUCCCCGCCCGCCCCAGGAGCGGCGGCCCCGACUGGAGCUCCCGGAGCCUUCCGGCUUCUCGGGGCCGGGCCGGGCCGCUGCGCUGCGGGGGCAGCCUGAGCUCCGGGCUCUCUGGCCCGGCUGGGUUUCUAGUUUCCCAACCUGAUGUGAUCUUCCAGGUCGAACAAAGGGAAGAGCCAUGGGUCCCAGACCUCCAGGGUUCAGAGGAAAGAGAGAUCCUGAGAGCUCCCCGCACAGGUAAUGCAAUGGUAGGUGACAAAGAGGAGCAGAAUUCUCAGCCGGAAAAUGUCGAGCAAGUGGAUAAACACAGAGCAUUAUUGCAAAGAUUGAAAAGGAAUGUGUCCAGGAGUCAUGAGCAGGAAAAAUUCUGUGAGAUUCACCACAGACCAGAAAGAAAGCAGGGAAACCAGCCAGGGGAGAAAGUGGGUAAAUUAAUUUCAUGUGAAGGAACUCAGAAAGACCUCAAGGAAACCACAACACAGCAGGAAAUCCUCAGGGGAAAGAGAAAAAAUACAUGCACUGAGAGUGGGAAAAACUUACGUCACUACUCAGCCCUUAUAAAGCAUCAGAGAAUCCACACAGGUAAGAAACCUUGUGAAUGCAGUGAGUGUGGGAAAACCUUCAAUCGCAUCUCAAAUCUUAUUACUCAUCAGAGAAUCCACACAGGGGAGAGGCCAUAUAAAUGCUGUGAGUGUGGAAAAACCUUCAAUCACAGUUCUCACCUUAUUACCCAUCAGAGAAUCCACACAGGGGAGCGGCCCUAUGAAUGCCGUGAGUGCGGGAAAACCUUCAAUCACAGUUCACACCUUCUUAGGCAUCAGAGAAUCCACACAGGAGAGAGGCCCUAUAAAUGCAGUGAGUGUGGGAAAAGCUUCACUUGCACUUCAGACCUUUUUCACUCAGCCCUUUCUGAACAUCAGAGAAUCCACACAGGUGAGAGGCCCUAUAAAUGCUGUGAGUGUGGGGAAAGCUUCCCGAGGAGUUCAGCCCUUUCUGAGCAUCAGAAAAUCCACACCGGUGUGAGACCCUAUGAAUGCCGUGAGUGUGGGAAAACCUUCAAUCGUAUCUCAGUCUUUAGUAGGCAUCAGAGAAUCCACACAGGGGAGAGGCCUUAUAAAUGCAGUGAGUGUGGAAAAAACUUCACUCACAGAUCAGCCCUUUCUGAACAUCAGAACAUCCACACCGGUGUGAGACCGUAUGAAUGCACUGAAUGUCAGAAAACCUUCAAUCGCAGCUCGAACCUUAUUAGGCAUCAGACAGUCCACACAGGAGAGAGGCCCUAUAAAUGCAGUGAGUGUGGGAAAAGUUUCACUUGCACUUCAGACCUUUUUCAACAUCAGAGAAUCCACACAGGGGAGAGGCCCUAUGAAUGCAGUGAUUGUGGGAAAACCUUCUCUUGGCAUUCAGCCCAUGUUAGGCAUCAGAGAAUCUGCAAGGGAGAUCAACGUUAUAAAAACCUCUAGGGCUAUCCGUACUUUUUUAUGUUAAUACUUUUCCUGCUUCCCACAUAGUAACUUUUAAAGCUGUUUUAACUGUUUGCAGCACCAUUAUCCCUCAGCUUGUCUGGAUGAAUGGCCCAUUUUUGCCAUUCCCCCUGUUUUGAAGUUGACCCAUUUGUCCUUUCUAUCAACUCCACUGUCCCUUGUGUAAUUCAAGUAUGCCCUUCCUAUCCGGAACCAGGGAGCAUCAUAUUACUUCUUUACAUCUUCCUACUUCGAAAGAUUAAAAAGUGUGAAAAGAGAAGUAUCUUUCCUCAUGAUGCAGACAUUCCCACAUAGGAGACCCCUUCCACCAACACACAUGGCAGAAGAUCCUGAGAUAUAUGAACUUACAGAAGUGUUUGGGACCUACGUUGGGACAAACCACAAUUUGAACCAAGGUUCAGUUGUUGGCAAUGGGCGUUAAAAGAAAACUAACAGAUAUGAUAAGAAUUUGUGAUCUUUGAAUAUGUUCUUGUUACUAAUGACAAUGAAGUUAUAGGUGAAGUUAUUGGUUAAAGAGUAAGAGACUAAUUGUGUGAUAAUUAGAAUUAUUUUGGAAAACUGAAAGUUGUCUUACAGCAAAUGAUGGCUAAGCUUGAAAAGUUAAUUUGAUUUAAUUUACCCCCUGUAAUUUAAGGCGUUCUGGUAGAAAACCUCACUGUAAUGGUUGGGGUGGAAGAAUGUGUGUGAGAAUGAGUGUAUAAGAGAAUAUUGGCCCAGUAUCGACUUUAAUUUUUUGUAUUUCAAAUAAAACUUAUUUUGCUUACUUUAAAAUCAAUUUCUAUUAAAAAGGAAAUUACUCAAGGA